ACUCACUGCUGGAGCUCUCAAAACACGCGCAUGCAAAUCGCAGCCGACGCUCAGUUUGGAGUUUAUCGACACGGACUGCCGAGAAAAUAGCGUAUGAAAGACUCGAGCGCGAGUAGCAGCUCUCACACUUACAGCGAAGUGUGUUUAUCGACUAAGAGUUGACUAAAGGUGACUUUGAGCUCGUUGUUGUUGUUGUUGAAGUAGUGUCUGGACUGGAGAGAGUGAUCCAGCGACUGAUCCUGGACUCGCUGUUAUGGCAGCAACCCACAUCGAAAAUGAACACUUUACACUAAAUUAAUGGUUUUGGUCUGCUUGUGCCACUCCGGUCUUCUCAGCUUUCUAAACCACAGCAUCAGCAGGGGCCUCUGCAUUCCCAGAAACUGAGCUCCACGCGACCAAAACCGACUUUGUUACCCUGAAAAGGCUCUGGAAACUUAAGAACGAAAAACCGGAAGGCAAUUUAUAAGGUGAAAUAGAUUUUCCAUUUCUCCGGCCUUCCGUGUCCAUAACCAAACGGAGAGCUGGAUGCUUGUGGUUCCUUCAGACGUCUGGCUGUCACCUCCCCCGACUGUAGCAUUACCGAAAGAGAGGAUUCUGGGAUAGGUUCAUGCCGUGGUUGCGCCGCUGUAUGGAGGUGUAAGGGAGGAGCAGGACUCGUGUGGGACGCUGGUGGAGUACUGGCUGGUGGAGAUCAUGGGAAAAGAGCAGGAUCUUCUGCAAGCGGUCAAGAAUGGAGAUCUAGCUACUACGCAGAAACUGCUGGCCAAGGUCAAAGCCAGCAAAAGCAAGUUACUGGGCUCCACAAAGAGGCUGAACAUCAACUAUCAGGAUCCAGACGGGUUUUCAGCGUUGCAUCAUGCUGCUCUCACUGGCACUACAGAGUUGCUCUCUCUGCUGUUGGAUGCUCAGGCUGUUGUGGACAUCAAGGAUAGCAAUGGCAUGCGGCCGCUGCAUUACGCAGCAUGGCAGGGUAAAGCUGACUCAGUGCUCAUGCUGCUGAGAUCAGGGGCCGCCGUUAACAAUGCGUCUCAUGACGGGCAGAUUCCACUGCACCUGGCUGCUCAGUACGGACACUAUGAAGUGUCUGAGAUGUUGUUGCAGCACCAGUCGAACCCGUGCAUUCUAAAUAAGGCUAAGAAGACUCCUCUGGAUCUGGCCUGUGAGUUCGGCCGAGUGAAGGUGGCUCAGCUGUUGUUGAGCAGUAAUAUGGUUGCGUCUCUGUUAGAGGGAGAUCGGAAGGACGGGUCAGACUCAAACUGUAACACUCCUCUGCACCUCGCCGCUCGCAACGGACACAAGGACGUCAUUCGGCUUCUUCUAAAAGCAGGUAUUGACAUCAACAGAACCACUAAAGCUGGCACAGCCCUCCAUGAGGCCGCUCUCUAUGGGAAGACAGAGGUAGUGCGGCAACUCCUGGAUAAUGGGAUUGAUGUCAAUAUCCGUAACACUUACAAUCAAACAGCCCUAGACAUUGUCAACCAAUUCACCGCAUGUCACGCCAGCAAAGACAUCAAGCAGCUCUUACGAGAAGCUACAGGAGUUCUUCAGGUCAGAGCUCUGAAAGACUUCUGGAACCUUCACGACCCCACGGCCCUCACCAUACGCGCCGGUGAUGUCGUCACGGUGAUAGAGCAGCACGUGGACGGACGCUGGAAGGGCCACAUUCAUGACACCCAGAGGGGAACAGACCGAAUUGGCUACUUCCCCCCCUCCAUAGUCGAGGUCAUCAGCCGACGCUCAGGGGGCACCCUGUCACGACACGCCUCUCUGCCCACCCAUAGGCAGCAGCUGCUCUCCAGGUCCGCCCUCAGUCCCAGCUUGAGUCUGAGCGGGGGCGGGACCCCUCAAACUGCCGACUCCUACACUCUGUACACCGCUAACCCACACUUGGUCCUCCCACACGCCAAUGGUCUGAGCACCAACCCAGGUGGGCCUCCCAGCAGUCUGUCCCAGCACAUGACCCCCAGCAUGGAGGACGUGUGGGUUUUGCGGAACUCCUGCGCUGCUGGGGACAGGAACAGUGUGGGCAGCACUGGCAGUGUGGGCAGCACCCGCAGUGCAGGCAGUGGCCAGAGCACAGAAAGCAACAGCGCCCCCAAUGGACCACAGCAACACACCACCAGCCCUGACACCAGCAAGGCAACGCCCUCUGUUGUGGAUUUACUACAGCCAGAUCAUAACAAACUUCCAGACACAUCCACAGGAGUUCCUCGCAAACCUGUGCUGCCCACACAGAGGCCAGGAGAGCAGGGUUUCUCUCAACAGUUUGUGCAUCCUCAACAGCUGCUGGAGGGCAAGGAUGCUGAGGCCAUCUAUCAGUGGCUUAGUGAGUUUCAGUUGGAGCAGUACACUGCUAAUUUCCUCAACGCUGGCUAUGAUGUACCUACCAUCAGCAGAAUGACCCCAGAGGAUCUCACGGCUAUUGGUGUGACUAAACCAGGACACCGUAAGAAGAUUUCUCUUGAGAUCGGCAACCUCAGCAUUCCAGAAUGGCUCCCAGAGUACAUACCGCAGGAUCUUGGGGAGUGGCUGAGCGCCAUAGGUCUGCCACAGUAUAAUAAGAAACUCUCAGAGAAUGGCUAUGACUCGAUAAACAUUGUCCGAGAUCUCACAUGGGAAGACUUGCAGGAGAUUGGCAUCACCAAACUAGGUGAGUUUAAAAGAAACACUGAAUUAAAGUACACUGUGGUGGUUGUAGUUAUAGGGUUAACAAAACCAAAGAAAACAUCCUUGUUAGCGCACCUGCUUCCCAUGUCAGAAACGCCGGCUCAAAUCCCACAUGGAGCAGACAUGGUGCGGUAUGCUUUGUCGGACGGUGAACCAGAUGAAGAUGAUGAUGAUGAAGCAGCUCAGCUGGCCAGUAUGGCCAUGCCUUCGUAUGCCACACUGAGCCGCAAGCCUACCCGUGGCCAGCUGGCACGUCUUCAGUCCGCCCCCGAGCAGUCCGCCAGCCGAAGCCACUCUUUCGCCAUCAGGGCUCGGCGUAAAGGGCCUCCUCCUCCACCACCUAAACGCCUUAGCUCCGUCAGCAGCAGCAGCACUAGUGUUGAAACUGUCUCUGACACUCCAGCAUCACCUUCUGGAGGAGUUGAGAAUGGCAGACCUGGGACCGUGAAGAGCAUCGCAGCUGCAUUAGAAACAGUCCUACCUGCGCCUAUGGUGGAGCUCCUUCAGGAAACCCCUACAGCUGUUUCCAGUACCAACGAAGGGUCCAGGCGUAGUAGACCUCUGAGUCAGACCGAAUCCACCCCAGUGUUCGCCAAAGCAGAUACCGAUAGAGCGGUAAAGUCCGAGUCGGAAGAGGAGGAUGGGACGAAGGAUUCAGGCCUGGAGAGCUCAUCCUCACCUCAGAACAGCUCCAGUGAGUGCAUCCCCUUUGCGGAGGAAGGCAACCUCACUAUCAAACAGAGGCCCAAAGUUGGCGGGCCUCUCAAGGCAGAGACCACUUCUGAGUCACCAGAGAAGGCCAAACCGGCCAAAACCCCUGAAGUUCCAGAGUUUAACCUUAAAGAGUCAGACACAGUAAAGAGACGGCAGAAGCCAAAAGAGAAAGAGCAGUCAAACACAGUGUCUGACAGCAGCCCAGAUGGCACAUCAGUUUUAGAGACUCAGGACACGGUGAAACUCCGCAUCAGUGAAACAGAUAUGAGUCUGCCAUGUGUGGAGCUUCCAGCCAAACCAGUGAAAGCACCUCCACCUCUUGCUCCCAAACCUCCCAGUCCCCUGAAUUCAACACGGCACGCCUCUAAACCAGAUCCUGCUCCUGUAACAGGGAUUUUUUCCCCUCGGAUACCCCCAAGUCAAAAUUACUUAAGUACUUUCAACCUCACUAUCAAACAGAGGCCCAAAGUUGGCGGGCCUCUCAAGGCAGAGACCACUUCUGAGUCACCAGAGAAGGCCAAACCGGCCAAAACCCCUGAAGUUCCAGAGUUUAACCUUAAAGAGUCAGACACAGUAAAGAGACGGCAGAAGCCAAAAGAGAAAGAGCAGUCAAACACAGUGUCUGACAGCAGCCCAGAUGGCACAUCAGUUUUAGAGACUCAGGACACGGUGAAACUCCGCAUCAGUGAAACAGAUAUGAGUCUGCCAUGUGUGGAGCUUCCAGCCAAACCAGUGAAAGCACCUCCACCUCUUGCUCCCAAACCUCCCAGUCCCCUGAAUUCAACACGGCACGCCUCUAAACCAGAUCCUGCUCCUGUAACAGCUGUCGGCUCCAGCGUGACACUGAGUGUUGUACAGAGUGUUGCCUUUGCAGCACCUCAGUCUCCAGUCCCAUACUCCCCCUCGCCAGAGAACACGGGUGUGAUAUCAGGAAGCCUCCAGGCUCUGAUGGACGGGGCUCAAGGGUCAACACUGAAGCAUCAGAGGCUGGAGAAGACCAGCUCAUCCCUGGAGGAAGCACUGAAGGCUGUGGAGAGAAAACUAACUCUGGAGAACAACAACGUGGGUGUUUCUCACGUAGUCAAGUCUGCAGGGAACAUUCUGGAUGACAUCGGGAACAUGUUUGAUGACCUGGCCGAUCAGCUAGAUGCUAUGCUGGAUUAAAGAUUCUCAUGGAUGGAGCGGUUUAUUUUUUGAUGACCCAAAAACAGGAGGGUAGAGAUCUACGUAUAGCAGCAUGGUUUCUUCUGCCUUAUAAUUCAGAUGGAAAACAGAGAUGAACUCUUGAACACAAAAGUGGGAACCUCCAUUGAUCUUUAUUUACAUGGACCACACAGACAUUUAUGGACCACAGUCUUCUGACUAAUGGCAGUCUAGAUGUCAUCUGUAUUUGUUUGUUUGUUUGUUUAUUCUUAUUCCAGCGUCUAAUCAACCAGCAUAUAUAUUUGUUUUCCUGUAAUUGUAUUUCGGGGAUGAUUUGUGGACUUGACCAAGCGUGACCCCAAUUAACUUUACAUGAUGGACCCAGAUAGAAGAAAUGCACUUAGGAGAAUCAUUCCUAAAGCAAUAUACAUUUCAAAACACUACACUGAUUCAAAACAUUUCUAGAAAGAUUAAUGGGAUAGUUCACCCAAAAAGUGACAAUUCUGUCAACCUUUGCUCGCUCUUAUGCUAAAGCGAGACAUUUUGAGUAUACUUUUCAUACAGCAAUAAGUUAUAGCGACCAGCUGUUAAAACAAAUAAUACAUAACAGAAUUUUCUUUUUUUUUGAGUGAACGGUUCCUUUAACAUAACUACUUUUCAAAGCAUUUUGAAAGUAGUAGUUUUUGACUUAUUCAUUUCAGCAGGUAAACAGCCUUCGGGAGGUUUGGUGCUUGUACCAUAUUUUGUCUUAAUGACAUUGCAGAUUUGCAGGUUAAAAUACAUGACUGACUUUUUUUGUAUGAAAGUGUGGUUUUAAAGGGAACAUGUUAAAAUGAAAACAGUAACACUGCCUUAUGUGACUAGAGCAGCACCGAUGUACAGAAAGCGAUUCAGGUUUAAGUUACCACAAAAUAUUUUUGAAGUCUUUAAACUUUUAUUAGUCCAAAUAGUAUUUAAACUUUAUCAAAAUAUGUAUAUUGUACACUAAAGGUAUAUUUGAUUGGGAAGCAAACCUGUUUGUUGUACCAAAGUAUAUGUAUAUUUUUAUUCAAAUGUUGGAUAAUGUUAACGCUAACAGACUCGCAGCUAAACUAAUGAAAUUUAACCCAGUGGCAUUUCCCCUUUGCAUAUAAUUUGAUAUGAUGUAUCUGAUGUGGAAUAUAUCCACACUGUUCUUGUGUGCCAUACGUUUAAAUAGAUGUUUCUUUCAGGUUCUGUCUCCCAGUGAACUGAAAUGUAAUCAAUGGCAUUUGUUUAACUAAGGCCAUUUUAACAUUUAACAAUUUUAGAACUGCAAUUAAGGCCCAGUCACACCAAGGACUAUAACUGUAACUAUAAAGUUUUAAUAAUAACUUUAAUCGCCCUCUGCAGUGCGCACUGAUAGUAAACAGAACGUUAUAACCCACUAGUGUGGAUGUCAGUAUAGUCAUUAUAGUUCCCUUUCAUGGGAACUUCGAACUGCGUCCUCUAGGGGUCGCUAUGGGAAACC